ACGUGACGACGAGCUGUGAGAGGAGAGCAGAGAUAUAUAUUCGAACUUUUCCACAAUUAUCUACGCAAAAAACAAAGACUUUCCGUCUGUUGAGCGGCUACAUGGAGCUAUUUUAUAAGUAAACUCGACUCUGGCUGUAUUGAAAUCGCGGAAGGACUGUUUUCAUCUCUUAAAAGACAGGUUACCGGAGGAAAGUUUAAAUCCCGGUGAGAUCAGGGGGAAGGUGAGCCGGGUACGACUUGAAUCAUCCUGGCUGUCGUUUUUGUAAAUAAAAUAGAGAGAGUUUUGAUUCAGUCUACUCUUUCUAACAAUCAGGACUUUGUCUGCUGAAGGAGUUGUAGUAUUUCGCCGUCCCAAGCUGAACUCAACAGCAUGUCUGACAAGUGUUGCGCUGUGUAACCAGUUCGUCCAGCUCGCCGGGGAGUUUCGUCAGCUGCCUCUCUGACUUUGCAGGUAAGCCGCUGAGGAGGUUCGCCUCUCUUCCAGAAGGUCUCUGUGAAGGACGUUGGACGACAAUGGCUGGCUUGAGCAAUGCCCACAUGAAAACCCUGGAGGACCUAACUCUGGACUCGGGCUACGGGGCGGGGGACUCUUGCAAAUCCCUCAGCCUGUCCUCCUCAAAGUCAAACUCCCAGGCAUUCAUGACGGCCCCUCACCGGGGGAACUGGUGGUACUACUCCGGCUCCAUGAAUAGCAGAAACAACAGCUGGGACACGGUCAACACUGUCCUUCCAGAAGACCCAGAGGACAUCUUCUCCAAGUGUCCACGCUUACCUGAACUGGAAGAGUUUCCAUGGACUGAGGAGGAGGUGGCCAAAAUACUGCGUAAAGUGGCCGAGAGUGGGAGCAUAAAAUGGGGGACUACACCUGUGUUCUCACCGGAGGCUGUGAGGCGGCUGUCCACCCUUCUCCGCAGAGCUCUGAUUCGCAUUUCCAGAGAGGCUCAGCGUCUCAGCGUCAUGCACUGCCGCUGCACACGCUUCGAAGUGCAGAGUGCCAUGAAGUUGGUGCUCAGCUGGGCCCUCGCCGACUACUGCGUCUCUGCUACAGUUAAGGCCAUCUCCUUGUACAGCAUGAGUGCCGGUGAGCUAUUGAGGAAAGGCAAGUCCGCCCGCUGCGGCCUCUCCUUCUCUGUGGGACGCUUCUUCCGCUGGAUGGUGGACACCCGCAUCUCCGUGCGCAUCCACGAGUAUGCGGCCAUAUGCCUAACUGCAUGCAUGGAAGCUUUGGUGGAGGAGAUAGGUGCCCGGGUGCUGAUGGCCGAGAGGGGUCAUUCAGGGCCUGAUUUGGGGUCAGGGUGCACCACGGUGAGUGCAGAGGCCAUGGAGGGGGUGGUCAACAAUGACGCGGAGCUGUGGGGAGUCCUGCAACACUAUGAGCACCUCAUCUGCGGGAAGAACGCUAAUGGUGUUUUGUCCCUCCCAGCCCAUUUCAGUCCCUACACAGAGAACCAACAGUCGUCUGUGGACAGCAGGGAGGAUGCUUAUGCCCAGCUGGAGCUGAGGACACUGGAACAGUCACUGCUGGCUACCUGUGUAGGCAGCAUCUCUGAACUCAGUGACUUGGUGUCCCGUGCAAUGCACCACAUGCAGCGCCUGAGCUCAGUACGUCCAGGGCUGAGCCCUGCCCGCCACGCCCGUCCUCAACAGCCUGUGUCCUGGUCGCCUGACGCCCUCCACACCCUUUACUACUUCCUGCGUUGCCCACAAAUGGAGUCCAUGGAGAAUCCCAAUCUGGAUCCCCCACGCAUGGCACUUAGCAAAGAGAGGCCUUUUCUGUUGCUGCCACCUUUAAUGGAGUGGAUGAGGGUGGCCAUAGUUCACGCCGAGCAUCGCAGGAGUUUAUUAGUGGACAGCGAUGAUGUCAGACAGACGGCGAGGCUUCUCCUUCCAGGAUUGGACUGUGAGCCGAGACAACUGAAGCCUGAGUGUUGCUUCAGCUCCUUCAAGCGUCUCGACUCCAAAGCUGCCUCUGAUAAGUUCCACCUUGAUUUGGGUUUUCGGAUGCUCAACUGCGGUCGCACAGAUCUUAUUGGCCAAGCAAUCGAUCUACUGGGACCAGAUGGGGUGAACAGUAUGGAUGACCAGGGUAUGACCCCUCUGAUGUACGCCUGCGCAGCUGGAGACGAAGCCCUCGUCCAGAUGCUGAUUGAUGCUGGGGCCAACCUUGACGUGGCGGUACCACCCUGCUCCCCCAAGCACCCCUCUGUGCAUCCUGAUAGUCGACACUGGGCAGCCCUCACCUUUGCAGUGUUGCAUGGACACAUUUCUGUGGUGCAGCUUCUUUUGGAUGCAGGAGCCAAUGUGGAGGGGGCUGCAGUCCGCAAUGGACAGGAGAGUACAGCAGACACUCCACUGCAGCUGGCUUCAGCAGCAGGCAACUAUGAGAUGGUGAGUUUGCUACUGGCACGAGGCGCUGACCCCUUAUCAAAGAACCAUGGUGGAAACGCCCUUACAUCAUCCCUCUAUGAGGACAUGAACUGCUUCAGUCAUGCUGCUGCACAUGGACACAGGAACGUGCUGAGAAAGCUACUGACUCAGCCGCAGCAAGUCAAAGAGGAUGUCCUGUCUCUGGAGGAGAUCCUGGCUGAGGGGGUUGAAGAUGAGACGGCUGGGAUCUGCCCUUUCGUCCAUCUUUCCCCUCUUCCUAACUCUUCCAAUGGUCUCCUGCCGAUGCCAGAAGUGGGCAUACCAAGGCUCUGCAAAGCCAGGAUGAAGGCUCUCCAAGAGGCCAGCUACUACAGCGCUGAGCAUGGCUACCUGGACGUCACCAUGGAGCUGCAUGCUAUGGGCGUGCCAUGGAAACUACACGUGUGGCUGGAAUCUCUUCGCUGCGCCCAGCAGCAGUCCAGGACAGGGGUCACCCUCUCCCUCCUCAAAGACUUUACCACAAUCAAAGAGGAGGACUACUGUGAGGAACUGGUCACCACAGGCCUGCCCCUUAUGUUCAAUAUUUUGCGCACCACAAAGAGUGACGCCAUUACACAGCAGUUGGCAGCUAUUUUUAGUCACUGUUUUGGCCCAGCACCCCUCCCAGCCAUCCCUGAGAUGAAGGCAACUCUUUCAGCACAGUUGGACCCACACUUUUUGAAUAACCAAGAGAUGUCAGAUGUGACAUUUGUGGUUGAGGGAAAACCAUUCUACGCACACAGAGUGCUUCUGGUUACUGCCUCUGACCGAUUCAAGUCUCUGCUGGCAUCAUGUGGAUCAGAUGGAAGCUCCGAUAAGGAGAUUGAGAUCAGCGAUGUCAAGUACAACAUAUUUCAGAUGAUGAUGUCAUACCUGUAUUGUGGAGGAACUGAGUCACUGAAAAAGAAGGUGUCUGACUUAUUAGAGCUGUUGUCAGCUGCUAGUUUGUUCCAGUUGGGGGCGCUACAGAGACAUUGUGAACUCAUCUGCUCUCAACAUAUCAACCUAGAUAAUGCAGUCAGCAUCUACAAAACUGCUAAGGUUAAUGGUUCGGUGGAGCUGAGCUCGUUCUGUGAAGGUUACUUCUUGCAGCAGAUGCCUGCCCUGCUGGAAAGAGAGAGUUUUAGGAGCUUGCUGUUGGGACCCCCGGGGGCCCGACAAGGAAACAACUCCACUUCUACGCUGGCGCACAGCCGGGGUGACUCACUUGUGGAGGAGCUGGAGACCACCCUGGCUCAACGACUUCGCUCUCUCUACGUCACUUCCCGUGUCUGA